AGGCGGCGGCGGCCGAGGCCGGCCAGCGCUCCUGGCGGCUGCGGGGCCGCCCUCGUCGGCUCCCCGCACCCACCGCGCUGCGCCCCGCCUCCGCUCCGGUGACCUUCCCGGGGCGCCUCCCCCGGCCCCGCGCCCCCGGCCCCGCGCCCCAGGCCAGGGCGAGGCCCUCUUCUGCGCCUCCUCCCCGCGGAGCCGCGGGCGGGCGGUGCAGGCCCGGGGGGCGGACGCGCCGCGACCGGCUGCAGCACCCCCGCCGCUGCGCUCGGUGCCCGGCCCGGCCGGACUGUCGCUGCCCCGCCGCCGCGCGGGAGCCCGAGCGCCCGAAGCUGGGGGCGCGGCUGCGCUCACCUCGCCGGGCCGGGAGCGGACAGGCCCUGCCCUGAAGGGGUGAAGCGGCUGGGAGCGCGGGAGGUGGAGCUGGCCCCGGCGGCCGCUCCGCGUCUCAACCCAGCGCCCUCUCCCCGGACCCAGCCCGAGGCGGACCCAGGCCUUUGCCCAUGCGGGGCGCCCCCGGCUCGGAAGAGUCUCCGAGGCAGAGAACAGCUCCUGGCAGCGGCACCAGCGGCAGAGAGAGAAGGAAGAGUGCUUAGCUUGGGCGGCCCGGACCCUCUCCGUAGCGUUUGGAGCCCGGGGCUACCCCGAAGUGUGCGCUUGGCACCGGCGUUCGGACAAGGGCAGCUCCUGUUGGGACCCCGACCCGGACCCCCCUGCGCCUCCUAGGCGGCGCCGCCGCGUCACCCAGCUUUUCAGCGGUCUCCCUCUGCCUGGCGGCAGUCACUGCCAAGGUUAUGGUUCUAAUGUGAGCCUGUUCCAGUAUGCUGGAGUUCUUGCCAUUGCCCCAAGGACACACUUCACCCUGGAAAUGUGGGUGCUGUUGAAGAUGUGAUGAGAGAGUAUUAUGAGGGAGGCCGAGGACUCCACGCUCCGGGCAGAGACACGGCGCUGGGCGUAGGGAUCGCCCCCUCUGAGAGGAUGCUGGCAAUCUGCAGAGGGAGACGGAAAUUCCUGGCUGCCUCGCUGACUCUUCUCUGCAUCCCAGCCAUCACCUGGCUUUACCUGUUUGCCGGGAGCUUUGAAGAUGGGAAGCCCGUGUCUCUGUCUCCGCUGGAGUCCCAGCCGCACAGCCCCCGGUACUCAGCCUCUGGCCAGCGGGAGCGCGAGAGCCUGGAGGUGCGCGUGCGCGAGGUGGAGGAGGAGAACCGCGCGCUCCGCAGGCAGCUCAGCCUGGCCCAGGGUCGGGCCCCAGCCCAUCGCCGUGGCAACCACUCCAAGACCUACUCCAUGGAGGAGGGUACUGGAGACAGCGAGAACCUUCGUGCUGGCAUCGUGGCAGGCAACAGCUCCGAGUGUGGACAGCAGCCGGUUGUGGAGAAGUGUGAGACAAUCCACGUUGCGAUCGUCUGCGCCGGAUAUAAUGCCAGCCGGGAUGUUGUCACCUUGGUCAAGUCCGUCCUGUUUCACAGGCGGAACCCUCUGCACUUCCACCUCAUUGCUGACUCCAUCGCCGAGCAGAUCCUGGCGACGCUCUUCCAGACCUGGAUGGUGCCUGCCGUGCGCGUAGACUUCUACAAUGCAGAUGAGCUCAAGUCUGAAGUUUCCUGGAUCCCCAACAAGCACUACUCUGGGAUCUACGGGCUGAUGAAGCUCGUCCUGACAAAGACCCUUCCCGCCAACCUGGAGCGGGUCAUUGUGCUCGACACAGACAUCACCUUCGCAACCGACAUUGCAGAGCUCUGGGCUGUAUUCCACAAGUUCAAAGGUCAGCAGGUCCUGGGCUUGGUAGAGAACCAGAGUGAUUGGUACCUUGGAAACCUGUGGAAGAAUCACCGCCCUUGGCCCGCCCUUGGAAGGGGCUACAAUACAGGGGUGAUCCUGCUGCUUCUAGAUAAGCUGCGGAAGAUGAAAUGGGAGCAGAUGUGGAGGCUGACCGCCGAGAGGGAGCUCAUGGGCAUGCUGUCCACGUCCUUAGCCGACCAGGAUAUUUUCAACGCUGUCAUCAAACAGAACCCCUUCCUCGUGUAUCAGCUCCCCUGCUUCUGGAACGUGCAGCUGUCGGACCACACCCGCUCUGAGCAGUGCUACCGAGACGUGUCUGAUCUGAAGGUCAUUCACUGGAACUCCCCCAAGAAACUUCGGGUGAAGAACAAGCACGUGGAGUUCUUCCGCAACCUCUACCUGACCUUCCUGGAGUACGACGGGAACCUCCUGAGGCGGGAACUGUUCGGCUGCCCCAGUGAGGCUGAUGUCAACAGUGAAAACCUCCAGAAGCAGCUGUCGGAGCUGGACGAGGACGACCUGUGCUACGAGUUCCGGCGAGAGCGCUUCACCGUCCACCGGACCCACCUGUACUUCCUGCACUAUGAGUGCGAGCCCGCUGCGGACAGCACCGACGUCACCCUGGUCGCCCAGCUCUCCAUGGACAGGCUCCAGAUGCUCGAGGCCAUCUGCAAGCACUGGGAAGGGCCCAUCAGCCUGGCCCUCUACCUGUCCGACGCCGAGGCCCAGCAGUUCCUCCGCUACGCACAGGGCUCCGAGGUGCUCAUGAGCCGUCACAACGUGGCCUACCACAUCGUGUACAAGGAGGGCCAGUUCUACCCUGUGAACCUGCUGCGCAACGUGGCCAUGAAGCACGUGGGCACGCCCUACGUGUUCCUGUCCGACAUCGACUUCCUGCCCAUGUACGGGCUCUAUGAGUACCUCAGGAAGUCUGUCAUCCAGCUCGACCUCGCCAACACCAAGAAAGCAAUGAUUGUCCCUGCGUUCGAGACGCUGCGCUACCGACUCUCUUUCCCCAAGUCCAAGGCGGAGUUACUGUCAAUGCUGGACAUGGGGACUCUCUUCACAUUCAGGUACCACGUCUGGACUAAAGGCCACGCGCCCACAAACUUCGCCAAGUGGCGGACCGCCACCACGCCUUACCGGGUUGAGUGGGAGGCCGAUUUCGAGCCGUACGUGGUCGUGAGACGGGACUGCCCUGAGUACGACCGGAGGUUUGUGGGCUUUGGCUGGAACAAGGUGGCUCAUAUCAUGGAACUGGAUGCGCAGGAAUAUGAAUUCGUCGUGCUUCCCAACGCCUACAUGAUCCACAUGCCUCAUGCCCCCAGCUUUGACAUCACCAAGUUCCGGUCCAACAAGCAAUACCGCAUCUGUCUCAAAACCCUGAAGGAAGAGUUUCAGCAGGACAUGUCCCGCCGCUAUGGCUUUGCUGCCCUCAAAUAUCUCACGGCUGAGAACAACAGCUAGCACCAAGAAGCUACCACUAGGGACAGACAUUCUGCAGGGGGAGAGCCACUUGCUGUUUGGGGCCCAGCCUUCAAACUCAAAGUUAAGCAAUGCUUUUUUGGUUUGUUUUUAUUUGUCUCUUUGGCCCAACAAGGCUACCCACACCACAGAGACCUGGGACAAGGAUCCGUCCACCCCUCUCUGCCCCAGGACCCAGCAUUCCCAGAAUGUGGAAAAAGAGCUUAUCCACAUAGUCUCUUCAAGAAUGGGACAUGGGGGUGGUGAGACGGAACACUAGGGUUAUCCUACCACAAAGCCACGAAAGCAAGCAGAUCUUUCGAAUGUCUUGUUGCUUUCUAAGAAAGGGAAGUCAGGGUGCUGGGAAUCAGCCAUUCCAGGAAAUAAAGGCAAAAAUGUAUCUUCAUUCAGGGGAAACUUUCUUCUUUGCCCUGCAAUCUAGCUGAGUACCCAUGGGGAGGACAAGCCAGUAAUCAGAACCAACGAUUUCAAAAAGCCCAAUGGGGACAUUGUACCUGGCUGGACCUGAAAGUGGGGUUGGUUGGUUCUUUAUCCUCAAGGUCACUGUUGUUUUGUUUUUAUUUUUAUUUUUUAUUUUGAGGGGGCGGGGAUUUUGGGUUUUUGUUUGUUUUUGGUAUGGGAAUCCAAAAUAUAAAAUCUCAUCUUUUAAGGCUCUGAAGGAAAAUCAGCUGCCUCAGCCAAUAGCCCUCUAUCAGCAGUGGCCCAGCAAGGAGGAAGAGUCUUCAGCCAAUAGUUAAACAUGGUCAGCCUUCAACAGGAUUAUCACCGAGACCCCCAUGACCUUGAAUUCCCAGCUCCCCAGAAUCCAGGGGCUAAAAAGGAAAGAUGAAAACCAACCGUUUUACAACCAGUCACAUUUUCUAUUGGCAACAACUGAUUCCUGGGGAAAGGGGUUUGAAGGGACUGUUUCAGUGCACAUGAAAGGUACGAACCUCUCAGGCCUUUAUAAGAACUUUCAUAAUUCAUGAGAGCCCAGUUCUGAAGAAUCACACGUCCAUUUGGAGACCUUCGGGAAGAACGUGUUGAGUUCCUCUGUGUUUGUGCCCACUUCACUGCGGCUGGGACAAGGUCACAACCUCAGGCUCCCUUUGGGCCUGUCCAGAGGGUAGGCGAGCACCUUCACUGUUACACAGAUUGAGGAGACACUGGACUUUUUACUCAUUUUCUUGAAUCUUCAAUAUUAAUGUUGUGUUUACAUUGAUGAGAAUAAGAAUCAGUGCCCUACUCUGCUGGGCGGUUUGUAUUGAGUUGCAAUGUGACCAGCGAACGCUGCAUUCAAUAAACGGAAGUAUGGACUGUUUCUUCCCCACUCCCCUCCACUCUUGUAAGAAGCUACCAAGACACACUUCAGUAUAGAGAGCAAAAUUGAUAAACAGCAACUUUACACUUUCUGUUCCUGUUUCAUUUUUCUCAUCAUUUGCACCUUAACCUUUUUUCUCCUUGCUUGAGGUUAGAUUUCACUUUAUCCUCUAACACUCAAAAGCAUUUUCACAUUUUGCAUUUAGUUUCUGUCUCAACACAGAUGUUUUAUGGACCGGAUAUAUA